AGGAGCGCCCCCGCUCGGCUCCGCCUCCGCGCACUGAUGACAUGGCGGCCGGGCUGGCGCGCGCGGGGCGGCGGGCGAGAGCAGCGGGAUGGAGGCGGCCGCUGGGCCCUGAGGAGACGCUGGGGCUGCUGGAGGCCUCUGUGGUGCACCGGGAAGGAGCCGUGCUGGCGCUGAGCAAACCCCCCGGCCUGCCUGUGCUGGGGCGGCCCGGGGAGCUGAGCCUGUCCCUGCUGCUGCCGGCGCUGCGGCGGCGCCUGGGGCUCCCCGCCGAGCUCCACGUGGUGAAGGCUCCGGCCAGGGAAUACUCCGGCCUCACCCUCCUGUCCAGCUGCCAUCGCACCACCGAGGAGCUCCAGCAGUACUUCACCGGUGCUCGCCAGCGAGGCCAGUACCCAGUCACGUACCGCGCUGUCACCGUGGGGGUCCCGGCCGAGCCGGAGGGCGAGAUCCGCACCGGGCUGUGCUGGCAGCAGCAGGGUGACACCGCUGUGGUGGUGCCGGUGCCGACGCCGGGCCGCGGGAGCUUGGCCAGGAAGGAGGUGAAGAACACCCUGACACGGUACCGGGUGCUGGGGGCCGCGGGGGGCUGCGCCCUGCUCCAGCUCCAGCCCAGGACGGCCUUCCCGGAGCAGCUCCCGGUUCACCUGACGCUGCUGCUGUGCCCAGCUCUGGGUGACCACCAGCACUCAUCCCGGGUGGGCAGGGUGCUGGGGGUGCCUUUCCUCCUGCCCCCCGAGCCCGCUGCACCCCGCACACAGGUGCUGGACGAGGCGCUGCUGCAGCGGUUGGGGCUCUCCCCGCAGCAGCUCCGGCACCUCCCGCUGCACAUCCACCUGCAGGAGCUGGUGCUGCCGCAGGGCCCGAUCCGUGCCCCACCACCACUGCCCUUCCUGCGCACGCUGCAGCGCCUGGGGCUGCCCGGGCACCUGGAGCUGUAGC